CGCACACGAAUGCUCUCCGCAAAGCGCAUUGUUUCUCAGAAGAACGCAAAAGCAGACCCCGGGGGGUGCAACACUGCACAGUAACACACGGUGUGUUGAAACGGAACGUUGUCGGGUGCCGUGUUGUGCGAAAAAGUUAACAAAACUCCGUGCAAUUCCAGCUGAAAGAAGCACGUUUUUGCGCAGCGUUGACGUCGGCAUCAGCGUCUACAGUUGUAUUGCUUUGCACUGCAGCAGGCGGGUUUGCUGAUUGCCUGCAGUAGUUUCUCUGCAGUCGAUCCGGCAUGCUGUAGGCCGCACGAUGCAACUGGUAGCCACGGCAGGAAUGUGCUAAACAACAAAACACACAUCUGUGAAGCAGCGACAAGAGAUUCCUGGAACUGUUCCGAAACUCUGGUAAGUCCCGCUACCGGUGAGGCUGGUGAAGUGAGGUUACUCUGAAGUUUAUCAGAGGCAACAAGGCGAGGGAGUCAGUGCAAGGAUAUAAUUGACACACUGUCACGAGCGAACUACUGCCUGUGUUUGUAGAGUGUGUGGGUGAGUGAGUGAGAAAGUGCGAUAGAAAGAGAGAGAGAGAAAGCGUGAGAGAAAGGGUGUGCGUGCGAGAGACAGGGGCUGCGGUCGCGAACAUACCAAAAAAAAGGGGGUCAGUAUGUCCAGUGCGGCGCAGGACUGCAUGACUCCUCCUCGUGGUGGUGAUAUGAAGCUAGUGGUCAAGCAGGAAUCCGUGUCGCAGUCGCCCGCGUCCAUUAAUAUCAAGCCCGAUCCGAAUGACUCUCCCUCCAGUGGCAGCAGCAGCAACAACCGUCACGUGUUGAUCGCCGGCGGCGCCGCAACCAACUAUCAAAAGCACCAGCAACAAGCAGCUCCCGUUCCGUCAAGCAACAACUACCAUCUUCCAUCAAACUCGUCCCGCGCGCGGCGAAUGUCCCCGUCGUCGCCGGUGUCGUCGCCCUCGCCCACCCCGCCGCCCGGCCCGUCGAAGCUCAGCAACGGGGCGGGCAAGUCGGCUGGGAUCGCCCCGGCCGCCAUGUACACGAUUGAGGGCGGCGCACCCGCUGCCGCCGCUGCUGCGAGCUCAACCUAUAACAGUGCCACGAUGAUGGCGACCGGCGGUGGCCAGGGUGGUGGUGCCAGCAAUACGGCCAAUUAUCACAACUUCAUCGGUCGGCUGAUCAGCAAGGACAACAUGCUGCUGAUCAGCGAGGACGUGAUCGAGGUUGGGCGCAACUCGUCCAAAUCGCAGGUGGACUUCCACGUCGGCAAGAACAGCUUUAUCUCGCGCAAGCACUUCAUCAUCCAGCACGACAUGAACGACGAGUUCACGUUGUUCUGCCUCAGCAAAAAUGGCGUUUUCAUCGACAACGUGUUCUACCGGAAAAGCGAUGAACCAUACAAACUACCAAAACUCUGCAGCAUUCGCUUCCCAAGUACAAAUAUAAAAAUACAGUUUGAGAAUCUGAUCGAUCAGGCCAACAACGGCAUCAUGGUGGACCUGAACGAGCACACGCCAGUAGUCGGUGGUGGAGCGAUGGGUGGUGUGCCGCUGCACGCCGGCUCUGUUGCGGGGGCCACGAUAGGCGGGUUGUCGAAUCAUCACCAUCACCAGCAGGCGGGCGGAGCCGCCGGUGCCAGCAUCGGCGGUGCUGCCGCCGCACACCAUCAUCGCCGCGGUGGCAAGCUGCCGUCGUCGAACGUCAUCUACGCGCCGCUCAAAAUUUCGAUUCCUUCCGAGCAGGGUGCCGGCUCGAGCGGCGGUGCCGCUGGUGGAGCCUCCGCCACUGGGGGCUUGCUCGGCGAUGUAACCGUGCGUGGCCAGGUACGAGUAGGCGGUGGUGGUGGGCACGUCGGUGUUAGUGGCAGCGGGUACCCAUCGCCAACCGGUACAAUAAGUGCUGCGAACAGCUGCCCCACUAGUCCACGGCAGAAUACGCACGAUUUCCCGCAGUACAGCAGCGCCCACCAUCAUCACCAUCACGCCGGCCACAGUACAGGCGGGGGUGGUAACAACAACAAUAACUAUAAUGAAUUUCAAGCGCCCGCCACACAAUCGCUGGAAAGCGACAAACCGCCGUACAGCUACGCGCAGCUGAUCGUACAAGCCAUUUCGGCGUCGCCAGAGAAGCAGCUGACACUCUCCGGGAUCUAUUCCUUCAUAUCGAAAAACUACCCGUACUAUCGCACUGGUGCGAACAAGGGCUGGCAGAACUCUAUCCGGCACAACCUGAGCUUGAACCGCUAUUUCAUCAAAGUACCGCGAUCACAAGACGAACCAGGCAAGGGUAGCUUCUGGCGGAUAGAUCCUUCAAGCGAGCUGAAACUGAUCGACCAGAGCUAUCGAAAACGACGCCAGCGUGGCUCACAAUGUUUCCGGUCACCGUUCGGGAUGCCGCGUUCGGCGCCGGUCUCGCCCAGCUACACCGACAACUCGCGCGACGGCUCGCCAAUCAACGAGGAGCUGCUCCUGUCGGCUCCAGGAUCACCGGGACAUAAUAACAGUGGGUACCCUCCCAAUAACCACGAUGGUACGCAACAAACGUCGUACCAAAAUCAGUACACGGCGUACGCGAGCGCAGAACAUGCCGUCACGGAAACGUACGAGGAGGACGAGCAGCUCGAGUACGAGAGUGACGACUACGAGCCGGGCCAUAAGCGCCAAAAGAUGUAACUCCUCUCAUCACCUGCAAGGCAUCACCACGGGUGGAGUCUUCACUGCGUGCUCCACGUUACAUGCACCUGGGGAAGCAACACCUGGUGUUCAGAUUUAGUAAUUAACUGAAGUGCAAUUCCUAAAUUUAACCAUUUUCCGGAAUUUCACCCCCUGUCCCGUCCCUCUGAUUCUCGGCUUCAGCUUCGAAUGUUGCAAUUGAUGUCGUUUUCGAAUGUCGCAAUUUUAGCAGAAGGGUAUCGAAUAUUUUAAAUGGGAUAAAACUACCCAUUAACAAACCCAGUUUCAGUUCACCGCGCAACGUCAUCAGAGACGGGAAUGGAAGUUAAGUUCCAUUGUUUUAACAGAAAUUUUAUCGAAUACUUUCAAUGGAAGAAAUUAUUCACCAACAAACACAGUUUCAGUUCACCGAAAUGGCAUCAAUAAGAUCCUUGAAAAGUCAGAUUCUUCCAACAUUUAUAAAUUAAUGUUAUCGAUUAAUGUAAUAACUCAGUUUAUCGAUAGUUUACCUGUUUACAUCAUCAGAGAGAUCCUCGGAAAGUGAAAUUCCUUAAAGAUGGAUCGCAUUUUUGAUGCUCUAUGAUCUUUCUUCGUUCAAUGUGAUGUGACUAAUUACAGUUCUGAACGCGUUCAGCUCAGCUAGGCUCGUUAAAAUGUCUAGUUUGACGUUCUGUUAUGUUCACUUUCGAAGGGUUGUAUUGUGCAUUUGACAGUUAUCGUUGCAUCCGUCUUGCAAAGAACUUUGUCAAACAGCAAACAAACAGAUGAGCGUAAACACUCGCACUUCGCGCAAAGAUGCGUUGGAAGGGCAGUAAUAAUGGAUGCUAGAGUUGCAUACAGAAGUGCACAUCAUAAUACAUCUUAAUGUACCAAUAGUUAUGUAAUGAAAUCGUAGUCUAGCUAAAGGGGCAAAACCAAUCGUCGGUAAUAUGUAGAAUGGACGUAAUCCACUACCACCUUCCAUGCAUUUUUUUGCAAACCAAUGGUGUGCCGUCGAGAAAUACUCCCAUCUUCUCGAGGGUUUUUAAUUUUCGGGUUUUAACCAGAGUACUAUAACACAAAAAAAAUUAUCCCACGGGGGUUUUCGUUUAUCUCAUUUAAUUUAUUGUUUUUAAAAAUAAAUCUCAAAAUUUAUUCAGUUGAAUAUAAGCACCGCCA